CUUAUCUAACGUUAAGAAUGAUUAUUUCUUAUAUGUUUUUAAUGAAAAUUUUAUUGCAGUACCUCCAAUGGUUCAGAAGUUACAAGCAAAAUGAGUUUCUUUUUCAGUCUUAAUAGAAAACGCCGGUGGCGCCAUCUCGUAUUUAUGAAGUAACUACACAUUUCUAGAUAAUGCCAUUUAUAAUGUAACGAAAUUUGUAAAGCAGAUACCGACCUGCCUGAAACCAUAAAGUCAUAUCAAAUAUACUUUAUCAUAUCUAUUCUGCCGUAAUUAGGUGUCAUUUUCUGUUUUGUUUUCUCGUAAAUUGACCUUAAAGUCCAUAGAUAGUUGCGUAUUUCGUUUACUUCGUUAAAAAUUUGAUAUUAUUUAUCUGAAUAAUAAUAAACAGAAAAAUCGUGGUAUAUAAGGAGUGGGCGAGACGGAUGGAAUUAAUUGCUCCGUGACAGCUCCUAGUUGGAAUUCUAUAAAAACGUCUAAUCGGCGAUCUUCACUGAUAAAUCAUUACGUAUAGUUGCACUUACACUAGUGGGUGGAGCUGUUGCAUCCAAUCUGCAAUACUGCAAUAUCAUUUUGUUUCAUCCGAUCUAUUUGAAAACAAUAUUGAACAGUAAGACUGUUAAAAUGGUCAUCGGGCGAGCUUUGCAUUUUGUGUUUAAAAUACCGAAUCGGAAGUUGACAACAAAAUUCUAUAGAGAAAUUCUUGGGAUGAAGGUAUUACGCCACGAAGAAUUUGCCGAUGGUUGUGAUGCCGCUUGCAACGGACCAUAUGCAAAUCGGUGGAGCAAAACGAUGAUAGGAUAUGGUCCAGAGGAUACUCAUUUCGUGAUAGAGUUGACUUACAAUUACGGAAUUAAGGAAUAUGAACGUGGUAAUGAUUUUCAGGGUAUAACAAUUAAAUCCAAAGAAGCUAUUGAAAGAGCACGUUCAAGUGGUUGGCCUAUAAGUGAAGAAAAUGGAAAAUUUAUUCUUGAAGCACCAGGUGGAUACAAGUAUUAUCUAAUUAAUGAGUCUCAACCUAAGGAUAAAGAUCCAGUUGAGAAGGUAACUUUGUCUAGUUCUGAUCUUCAAAAAACCAUCGCAUACUGGAAAGAUAUACUGAAAUUGAAAGUAUUUAAUGAAACAGACAAAAGCAUAUUGUUGGGCUACACUGAUGAUCAGGCUAAACUUGAAUUCCAAGAUAUUGGAACCAAAGUUGAUCAUGCUAAAGCUUAUGGGCGUAUAGCGUUCUCUGUUCCUCAUGAUGAGCAGCCAGAAAUUCAAAAGAGAAUCAAGGAUCAUGGAAAUGUAAUAUUGACAGACUUAAUCACACUAGAUACACCAGGAAAGGCUUCUGUAAGGGUCAUCAUCCUCGCCGAUCCAGAUGGUCAUGAGAUUUGUUUUGUGGAUGAUGAAGGAUUCCGUCAGUUAUCAGUUCCAGACUAUCCCAGUGAACAAAUUUUGGACAGAUAUAUCGCCAGAGAGGAAUAAAUUCAGUAUAUGUCCUGCAAAUUACAGAUUUCAGUAUUUUUGUAAAUGUUGGCCGUUGUGCUAACAAUUAUUUAUACUUUUAAAGAGCUAUUAAUUAUGAAGAUGAAGGUUUGCACUACAAAUUGGUUCCAACUAAAAAGGGAUCAAUUUUCAUGUUUACUUAUAAUCAUUAUAACAUUUGUUAUAUAUUUUAUAGUUUGUUCAAAUAUUGCAUAGUUUUUAUGUAUAUAUUGGUGAAGGUUGUUACUGUGAAUAAACUGAAAGUUUUAUUAUGAA